AGUAUUUGAUUUAUUUAUGCGAAAUAUAUCUAUGAUUUUAGAUCUUUAUUCCAUCGAAAACCAAUAUUGAUUUUAAUUAUCAUUGUUGUUUUUACCUUAAUAACUAUCAUUAGUAUUACAGUAUUGGCUAUUUUCAUUAAUAAAGCCAAAACAACAAUUAAUACAACUACGACUGCAAUUGAUGUAUCGACAACAAUGCUUACAACGUCAUCAACAAAAACAUCAACUCAUACAACGUCGAUUAAUUCUCAUACAACAACAAUGAAUGUAUCAAAAUUUAAGAAAUGGAAACAAGAUGCCAUCACUGUGGCUGGUGGAAAUGGAGGAGGACAGCAAUUAAAUCAACUCAAUCGGCCUUUAGGAAUCUACAUUGAUAAAAAGAAAAAUGUUUUCAUUGCUGAUUGUUCCAAUCAUCGUAUUAUUGAAUGGAAAUAUAAUACAAAAGAAGGACAAAUCAUUGCAGGUGGAAAUGGACAAGGAAAUCGAAUAGAUCAGUUGAAUCAUCCAGUAAAUGUGAUUGUUGAUGAACAAACUCAUUCGAUCAUCAUUGCUGAUACUGGGAACAGACGAUUGAUUCAAUGGUUAAGUCAAAAUCAACAGAUUCUCAUUGAUGAUAUUGACUGUUUUGGUUUAGCAAUGGACAAAAAUGGAUCGCUUUAUGUUUCGGACUGGAAGACGAAUGAAGUAAGACGAUGGAAAAUGGGAGAAUACAACAACGAAGGAAUUAUAGUGGCAGGGGCAAAUGGAAAUGGAAGUCAACUCAAUCAACUCAAUUGGCCUACUUUUAUCUUUGUUGAUGAAGAUCAAUCUGUUUAUGUAUCAGAUUUUGAGAAUCAUCGUGUAAUGAAAUGGAGAAAAGAUGCAAACGAAGGAAUAGUUGUGGCUGGAGGAAAUGAUCAAGGAGGAAAACUUAAUCAAUUUCAUUAUCCAAAAGGUGUAAUUGUUGAUGAUUUGGGUCAAAUCUAUGUAGCAGAUCUGGGGAAUCAUCGAGUAAUUCGUUGUUAUGAAGGAAAAGAAGACGGUGAAAUUGUUGUUGGUGGAAAUGAUAAAGGUAAUCAAUCAAAUCAAUUCCGUGGUCCUACUGGUUUAUCUUUUGAUGAUGAGGGAAAUCUUUAUGUUGCUGAUUUUGGAAAUCAUCGAAUUGAAAAAUUUGAAGUAAUUUUUUGA